AUGGCAACAGCAGCUGAUGCUGGGAAGCCGACAGUGCUGCAUUCUCAGUUCAGACUGACCUACACCAUGAUCCUGAAUCUGCUGCGUGUGGAGGCCCUGAGGGUCACCGACAUGAUGAGGAGGAGCUUUUCUGAGAACCACAGGGAUACGCAGGCUCAUGAGAAGAGAAUAAGUGAGCUGAGAAACACACUCUCAUCUCUCCCUCCGCUGGACACAGAGGGGCAGUUAUCUGAUUUAGUGUCAUAUUACCACACCAUCACAGAGCUGUGCAUCACCACAGAGACCCUGCAGGUGCACGCACACAAACACACACAUUUAUAUGAGCACAGUGUACGCUAUCACAGAGCUCAAACACUGGAUUCACAGCAUUUGGCCGAUUACAUGCAUUUGUAA